AUGGUGGAAGGAGUCGAAGCCCCAGCUCGCCCUGUCUCCCGCAAUGGCCUUCCUCGCCCGCCUCGCUACCCUUCUCCCUUUAGCACUUCUCGCUGCGCGUAUUCGCGCCGCGGAUGUCUAUGUCGACUUACCGGUUUGCAAAAUACUGCUCUGUCGAUUUUUUCGCUGACCGUUUGGAAGGUGACCAACGUUAACGUUGCCCCAGACGGCUUCUCUCGGGCCACAAUCCAGGCGGGGGCUUUCCCGGGCAAGCUCAUAACCUGCAACAAGGGCGACACCCUCCAUAUCAAUGUCACCAACUCUCUUGUCGACCCGACGAUGCGACGCAGCACAUCCAUUCACUGGCACGGAAUAUUCCAAAGCCGCACCUCCAGCGAGGACGGCCCGUCGUUCGUCAACCAAUGCCCGAUCCCGCCCGGAAUGUUCUACCAAUACAACUUUCCCGUGCUCGACCAGACCGGCACUUACUGGUACCACUCGCAUCUGUCCACCCAGUACAUCGACGGCGAACGCGGCACGCUCGUGAUUUACGACCCGAAUGAUCCGCAUAAGGGCUUAUACGACAUCGACAACGCAGGGACAGUGAUCACACUUGCGGACUGGUACCACGCGCCGGCUGAAGCGCUUAUGGAGCAGUUUGUGCGCGACGGACACGAGCCUGUGCCGGACUCUGGGCUGAUCAACGGGGUCGGGCGCUACAAAGGCGGCCCGGCAGUGCCGUGGGCGGUCAUCUCCGUCGUCCAGGGCAAGCGGUACCGCUUCCGGGUUGUCAACAUUGCCGGCUUCGCCGCGUUCACCUUCUCCAUCGAUAACCACCAAUUCCAAGUCAUCGAGACAGACGGCAUCCUCACGGUUCCGCUCACGACCAGCUCCUUCGAAAUCCAUGCCGCUCAGCGCUACAGCAUCGUGCUGAAUGCCAACCAGCCUGUGAGCAACUACUGGGUCCGUGCCCCAAUGGAGGUCGCUGGUUCGAGCAGCACGCUCGACAAGGACAACGUCAAGGCAAUCUUGCGGUACACCGGCGCGCCGAUCCGGGACCCAACGACGAGCUCGAAGCUGGCUGCGGAUCUAGUUGAGGCGAAGAGCGGCGGACAGAUGAUGGAGGAGUACCAGCUGCAGACCCUCAUCAAUCCCGGCGCGCCAGGGGGCAGCGGGCCGGCGGACCAUGUGAUCGAUUUGACCUUCGGCACCCUUGGUAGCGGCAUCUGGGACAUCAACGGCAUUGCCUACGCCUCUCCACGGCUGCCAACUCUCCUCCAAAUCAUCAAUGGCGCGACGAACGCGUCGGACUUCACCACCUCGGAGCACACGAUCAUCCUGAAGCCGGACGAGGUAGUCGAGCUUCGCAUCCAGGGCUCAAACCACGGCAUAACGCACCCGUUCCAUCUCCACGGCCACGUAUUCGACGUCGUCAAGGGCAUCUCCGGGCCAACCAACUACGUCAAUCCCCCGCGCCGGGACGUUGUCGGCGUCGACGGGGGAGGCGUCAUCAUCCGCUUCCGCGCGGACAACCCCGGGCCGUGGUUCCUCCACUGCCACAUCGACUGGCAUCUCGAGGCGGGACUUGCGGUCGUGUUUGCUGAGGAUCCCGCGGGAAUCCGCUCGGGGCCCAAGUCCAACAUCAUCCCGGCCCCGUGGCGAAACCUGUGUCCCGCGUACUAUGCGCUCGCGCCAGAGUUCCAAUAG